AUGGAUACUGGUUCAAUCUAUGCAUUGAUUUUGGCUCUCGUUAUGAGCUCAAUAAGUGAAAUAACAGCAAAACCUUCUAAUCCUCGUUUCAUUUUCAUGUCUCCAGAAUCUGAUCCAUUUGUUGAUAGUUACAUGAAAACAAUCAGUCGUAUGAGCACAAAAGAAAUAAUGAAUUUGCCUAAAUUAAGUGAUGUUGAAUUUUUGGAUCAACUUGAACGUGGAUAUGAUUUCAUUCCAGUGUCCACGAAGAGUCUCAAUUCUAUAAAUUUAUUCGAUUCAACUAUCGACGAGCCAAUAGAAUAUCAACCAGAUUUAGAAAAUGAAUGGGAAGAUCUAAUGGACGCUGGACCAGCCAGUAUUAAUUUAUUAGGUUCUGUGAUGGCUAUUGCAAGUAGAAAAGACUUUCCACUCAAAACAGACUUUAACUAUACACUUGUUAAAUAUCCUGAAUCUUUUCAAGCUACUCUUAUGCAAGUUUCUCACGAUAUGUACAGAGCAUUAUAUGGCGCUCAUACAAGUAUGGAAAGUAUUCAGGUUAGUAUGCGGCAGAUUCCGACACUCUUGAAAACCGCUAUUAAACUCAUUACUCAAGCGUCAACGGUAUUGAACAAGGCACUGUUACCUCGAACUUUAGCAAGCAUUGGCCGAUAUGCUAAUGAAAGUGCUGCUGUUGCUCGAGCUUCGCUUGAGCGAUUUGAAUAUCUUCAGGUUUUGCUACAUGAAGUUCUUGAAGUGACCACUUUAACCAAUAGUGAUAAUAAAGAAACAGCUGAGAAAUUAGCAGCAGAAGCUGAAGAUAUAAGAAAAGAAAAAAAGGAAAUGGAUAAUGUUAUUGCUGACAUAACAGCCCAAUAUGAAACUGCACGAAAAAAUUUAGAAAAGACUCGACAAGAUUAUCAUAAUGCUAUGAAGAAUGUACCAGGUGAUGGUUGGGAUUCCCAUGCGUGGAAUGUUUAUGCUUCUCAGCGUCCUGCAGAGACCUGCAAGCGGAAUUGGUAUGGACGACGUCGUUGUAGAUCUCUCCGGGAUCAACAAUUUGCUGAUUAUAGUGCAGAAGCACAGCAAAAGGCUCAGCAAGCCCUGAAUAUUCUUAAAGAAGCAGAGAAAAACAGUAAAAAUAUUUAUAAUCAGCAAAUGAAUAAACAAAAUGAAUUGGAGUCUGUCAUUAAUAAUUUAACAACAAUUAAUUUACAUGAAUUAUCUAUCAAUGAAACAAUUAAGAUUUUGCUUGAUGCUACAAAAAAUAUUGCACUACUUCAAGGUCAAUGGAGUCGUCUUAGUCGAUUUUUCAGUACUCUUACUAUUAAUACAGAACAUACACAAAAAGUAAUUUUACAAGAUUUCCUUGGCGUCAUUUCUGAUGCUGAACUUAUUGGCAAACCGUUGGACCCAAUUGAUGAGACACUCUUCCUUGUAUUAUUAGUGGAAUCAGUGACUGAUAUUGAUCGUGAUUCUCAUUUACUUUUUCUUAUGGCUAAAACAUACUCAGAUGUAUCAAAUGCAUACAUGAUAGAACAAAUAGCUGAAUUAUCUGGCGUUCUUUCAUUACAGAACGAUGACGACCGAGAGACUUAUUUGAAAGAAGUUGCGAACAAAAGUAGAAAAAUAUCAAUGCAAGUUAAAGAUCUAGCAACUGACCGACAGAGAGAAUAUGAAUUGGUAAAUUUUUCUCGUCAAGAGCAGUAUAUGAAAUAUAUUGAAGAAGGAAUGUUACAAGAAGAAUUGAAUAUUCUCAGUAAUAUCGAAAUCGGAAGACGUUGA